CAGUCAUACUGUAACCCCACCAGGUAUAUCACUGGCUACAGACUUUGAUGCCGUGUUACAUCCUUAUAUAUCAUAUGUAUCUGAUUCCACCCGACGUAGUUCAAUAAGUGCCAACUUGCCCAGAUAGGUAAGCAGCUACCCGGCCGGCACACACAGCCAACAAGCCUUGAAUUCUUCAAUCCUUCUGCCUGCUGGGUAUCUGAUCCUGCAAGACACCGCCUAUCACUUAUUUAUACAUAUAGUAGAUACCUAGAGCCGCUGGUACCAAUAAAUAACUUUCGUUCCUUUUACUCUCUCUUUCCUUCUUCGAAAUUUCUGAAGUUCAUCUCCAAAAAAAAACCCCCAAUAUACAUAUACUCAACCACAUAUAGUGUGUAUGCUUUGUGUGUAGGUACUGUAAACUCAUCACAGCUAUUAGCCAUUCUGAAGACAUCUAUUACACCACCUCAUACCCACCUGUAACCAAGAUGCUUAAGAUCGCAACACUAGCCGUAAGAGGCUUCCUGCUCCUCUUCGGCGCCGUGGUCCUAGGCGUCUCCGUGACUCUCGCCAAGCACCAGUCCGUCGGCUCGCCGCCCUCGGAGACAUCGUUCGGUAGUUUCUGCGGCGCCUUCGGCAUCUUGGUCUCGCUCGUCGGCUUCGGCGCGCUGUUCGUCGACAAGAUACCGGUCAUGGUGAUGAUGGCAGCCGAUGGGCUGGCCGCGGCCUUCUACCUUGCCGGUGGUAUCGCCCUAACCAUCGCCCUGAAACCGGUGCCCAGCUGCACAGACACGGACGACUACUCGCGGUACCAGCGGUACACGAACAAGAUCCUCAACGGCGGGUGCCAGCAGGUCGCCGACAUCAACAUCUGCCCCGGCGGCCAGGACGACGACGCCCUGCGCAGCCUGUGCCAGCGCACCCAGGCCGACUUCGUCUUCGAGUACCUCGGCUUCGUCUUCGCCGUCGCCGUCGUCGCGCUGAGCUUCUUCCUCCACAGGAGCGGCGGUGGGAGCAGGACUACGGCGUAUGUGUAAAGAGGA